UUUUUCCCUUUAUUACCAGGUACGUUUCUCUAUAAAAGGGGCUGAACGUUGAGAAGAUAGUCAGUGGGAAUAAGAAAGUCCUACAGCCUGUAGAGCUCCUCAAACCUGCUGGAGUAAGGAGGAUUUCACACCAGACAGAGGUAUUAAUCAACGACACUCAGGAAUUCUUGGAGGAUUAACAAGUUUGAUCGGUCUCCAUCUCUAAUUUACUCAUCGCCAUCUGUGAUCCACCACCUCCACCCUCGCCACCAUGCUCCGCCUGCUCUCUCUCAGCGUGCUGCUACUGGCCACUCAUCUCUCCUCCAGCCUCUUCCUGCCCGAGUCUCCCGAGCUUCAGCGGCUGCUGAGUCGCUACCAGGACGAGAUGCAGGCUAACGGCACGACCUCGGCGUCGGGCUCACGUGUCCGCCGCGCCAUACCGUGGUCUGAUCGUGAGGAGAUUCUUCUUCUGCACAACAAACUGAGAGGUGGCGUUUAUCCAACUGCUUCCAACAUGGAGUACAUGAUAUGGGACGACGAACUGGAGCGUUCUGCUACACACUGGGCUGAGCAGUGUCAGUGGGACCACGGACCACAGGACCUGAUUAUGUCUAUUGGCCAGAAUCUGGCAGUGCACUGGGGCAGGUACCGUUCCCCUGCUUACCACGUCCAGGCUUGGUAUGACGAGGUGAAGGACUACACGUACCCGUACCCACACGAGUGCAACCCCUGGUGCCCUGACCGCUGCUCUGGACCCAUGUGUACUCACUACACACAGAUCGUCUGGGCCACCACCAACCGCGUGGGCUGUGCUGUGCACAUGUGUCCAAGCAUGAACGUGUGGGGGGAGAUAUGGGAGAACGCCGUCUACCUCGUGUGCAACUACUCGCCAAAGGGAAACUGGAUCGGGGAGGCGCCCUACCAGCAUGGAAAUCCCUGUUCUCAGUGUCCUCCCAGCUAUGGAGGAGUCUGCAAAGACAAACUGUGCUACAAGGGAACUCCUCAACGCACCGAGACUCCAGACAUGAACGAGGUGGAGAAGCCUCAGGUUCCUGUGCAGGUGGCGAUCACUCAAUCCAAACCUGUUCGAAAGACUAACCCCAAACCUUCUACACCCAAAAAAACCACGCAGCCUAAGACCACAAACACUCGAAACAACUUCCUGACUCAAAACAUCAAGUGUGAAACAAGGAUGAGGGAUAAGUGCAAAGGUGCAACCUGUAACAGGUACAACUGUCCCGCUAACUGCUUAUACAGCAACGCUAAGGUGUGGGGCACGCUGUACUACGACGUGCAAUCCAGUAUUUGCCGUGCUGCAAUUCAUCACGGGGCUAUCGAUAACAGUGGAGGCCUGGUGGAGGUCACGAGAAGAGAUAAUAUCCCGUUCUUCGUUAAAGCAACAAAGAACAAUGUCGAGUCUUUCAGCAAAUACAAAUCUGCUAACGGAUUUUUGGUCGCAAAAGUAGAAACAAGAUCAGUCGAAUGCUACACACGAUUAGCUGAUAUUUGCCCCUUCGGUGCCGAACACACCACCUGCCCGAGGGUGAAGUGUCCAUCCAGCUGUAAGAAUCAGCCAUCCUACUGGGCUCCAGUGAUCGGCACCGGCGUCUACGCUGAUAGCUCUAGUAUCUGCAGGGCUGCUCUCCACGCCGGGGUGAUCAAAGCUUCAGGAGGAUAUGUGGACGUCCUGGCUAUGGAUAAGAAGAACAGCUACUCGGGCAGUCUGAAGAACGGAGUCCAGUCUGACAGUAAAUCCCAGUUACAUGGCGGAUCCUUCCGCGUCUUCACCGUUCGAGAGUGAUGUGUCUGUACACACAGCGUCCGUCCUCCAGGGACAUUUAGCAGUCUUCUCAUCAGGACAAAACACAAUCAAUCACCACCGUUUUUUUCUGGGAUUCUUUCUCAGUGUGAGCGCAAGGUGACCCACACCACAAGCAGACCUUCGUCCUUCAUCAUCUUCCAUCCAGAUCAUUCCCAAUAUCUCCUUAUUAUUUUUAAUUUUUGUACUAUUUACAUGUAUAUGGCUGAAAGGACGAUGUUUACCAGCAGUGCUGGGUUUAUAUAUUCAGUCAAUUUGUGAUCGUUUGCAAAAGAAUCAAAAUAUAUUGAUCACACUGUAUUUAAUCCUUGUUUGUUUGUUUUUUUGUACAGCUUUUCAUUGUGAUUUUUCCUUUUUGCUGAACUUUUCCGCUCCAAGCUUGUCUCUUCUAGCAUUUAAAUUUUCUUUCGGUAACAACCCUGGUUGGUUUAUAAAGUGCAGGGUGGCAGGCGAGCAGGCAGCAGCAAUCACCGUCAGCUUAGUUCUCCUGGCCAGAGGAACUUUUGUGAACUUUGCGGUAGACAGAUUCUGCGUAGGAACGGGAAAGGAAGGAGGCGAAAAGGCAACGCUCCAAAUAAAAGAGACCUUUCCUGUAGGCUUGUGUUAAAGCUUUCCAGAAUCAAUAAGAGGUAAAAGUUUCACCCAAGGUGCAAAAACAAUAAAGUCAGAGGAGAAAAGAAAACCAAGGAUACGUGUAGGGGAUUUCUGCCUUGGUAGCAUCCCAGCUAACAGAGAUGGUAACGUUAUUAGAAUACUUGAUUUUGACUUAUUAGAAGGUGUUGGUUAAUUUUCUAUAACAACAGUUCAGACAGAAGUGCAACUCCAAAUUACGUUAUAUAUUAAUAUUAAUGAGGUCGUAAUAUUUAAACAACUUUAUAAUUUAAAACCCUUCAAUCACAUGGAUUUGCCGGAGGCUAAUAUUAAACUGCGUCCUGAAAAAAGUUAAUUUAUAAAGACAAUUUUGAGUAUGUAAUUGUACAAUUUUCGCUCUUUCAGACACACAGACAGACAUAUCCUUACAAUGUAGAAACACUGGUGUUAACAUUAAUACAGCAGAAACAUUGUCGCAUUAAAUUAAACAAAAAUUCAAUGGUAAUGCACUUUUUUUGUGAAAUAACCACACAAUAAAAAUAAAUCUGGUUAUUUAUUUUACCGCAAAUUGGAGUACAAAUCUAUUUGUUUUAUUAAAACCACACAGAAAUAUUUUAAUUUAGUCAACUUUUUAAAGUUGUGUUGGCAUCUGGAUGCAAAUUUGGAAAAACAAUUUGUCUAAUACAUUGGUAGCCAGCGGCCCUUUACUCACACAGUGAAUGUCAUGGAUCGAUGAAGCGGUUAAAGAGCUACACGCCACAGCAAAACCAAUAGAACACCGAUCAAUUCAUUUAUAAUUAAAUACAGCCCCCACACUAAUCCAACUUUCUCCAUUUGCUAUUUUUAUUCCCAAAAACUACAUGAUUGAAAAAUGAUUUGAAAAAGGCCUUUAAAAAAACUUUAUAGAAAACUUUACGGAGUUGUUCGAACUGAUUUUAGGUAGAAUUUUGAUCUCAUGUGACAAAUUUCUUAGCUAGACUUUUUA